GAGUCAUAGUCCUAAUUAACAUAUUUGGGUGAUUAGACCGCCACCUGCAUACUAUAAUCUGCAUCUUUUACGGACUUCUUACCUAACUUCAUUUCCACCCGCCUUCUAUCUCGUGCACUGGCUGGAGGUUUGGUGGUGGCUUGGUCAAGUUACCUAACCUAGGUCGACGUUUGUAACCUCAACGUCCAGUGACCCGACCACUUUUAUUUACUAUUUCAUACGUCAACGUCAACCUUAAGUCAAAUUCGUUCUUGCUGUCGACAUGGCACCCGAUCUUAAUUCUCUUCCACCAUCAUCUCCAUCUGCACGACCACGUAUCAUGACCUCUUCAAACGGCAGCGGAGACUCUGCUAUACGCGGAGAGUCAGCAUCACCCUCUCCUCGAUCCGCAUCUAUUUCACUACAAGCAGCUGCAACAAUGAAUGCCGGCCUCCAGCACGAACCCAUGAGACGCUCCUCGAGCAGCUCUCUAUCGCGAAACCGACAAUCACCACAAAUGGGCCGACGUCGCUCCACGGUCUUAAUGAACCUACAACUCAACGACCCCUCUCUUCCGGGACCAGGUGAAAUGGUGACGGAAAGUGGAAGCAGCGGACAUAGCGCCACAAGCCCCCAGCUGAUCUCUGCGUCACCCCUCCUUACCGGAGGUGAUCCCUACCAUAACAGAGCCCCAAGCUUGGGAGAGUUACAUCAAGAGCUUGAGGCAGAACAGGAAGCACAAGUGAACCGGCUCUUACAGAUGAUCCGUCAGCAACAACUCCAACUACAGCAACUUCAGGCAGCCCAAGGUCAAAGCCAAACGAGCGUAGCCGCCGAAGAUGCGACCCCUACGUCAGAAAGAUCUAGUUCCAUGGUGCUUCCGAACGUACCUGCUCAACCACCCUUCUCCGCACCGUCAACUUCGGUCCCCCGUUCCCCGGUCAUAUCCCAUCCGCGUUCUUCCUUUGACAUGGCUCGCGAUGCUCUCCACCGCAGAUCUAGAACACCCAGUCGCGGCGCGCCUUCUCCUAGGUUGAGAUCGGGGUCUAUCAGCGCGGAAAGUGGAGAGCCGCUCCUUUCUGGGGUUCGCGACGAGAGUGCCUAUUACCAAGCUGAGACACAGUCUUUAGUUCGUGAGAACCAGAUGCUGCGUCAUAGAAUUCGGGAACUUGAACGCCAACUUAGCGAAGCUCAUGCUGGUGCGUCACUGUCACGAGAGCCAACGCAUCAUUCACAUCUCACACAGUCUACUUCAGUAUCCGAGGAAUAUGUUGCAGCGGGCUCACCAUCUGCUGUUCCUGCUACUGCGUCUACUAACACUCCCCGACCUAUCGCGGCUUCAGAAACUAUCAAGGACGAGUGAGGAAGCCCUGAACUAUGUUUUGUAAA